AAAAGCAAGCGCUGGGCCGAUAAAGGGCUGCUAAAAAGCACCGCCCGCGAGCCGAGAAGGCUGGGCGAGGCUUCGACAGCACCGCUCGAAGCUCCAACGAGCGACGGCCCGCAGAAAGCUGCUGCCGGGCAGCCCCACUGUGCUGCCCCAGCUAAAAAGCUAGCCUCAGCGGCGCCGAGCGGAGCAAACUAGACAAAGAUGGGCCGCGCCAGGGGCGCCGCCCGCGCCAAGAAGCCCAAAGUGGCCGACAUGCCCUUCGACUGGACCGACCAGCUCAUCAACGAAGUGAUGGAAUCGACAAAUUCGACGAGCGCCUUGAUGGAAAAGUACGCGUCCGACCCGCCGUCGCCGGGCAAGUCCCAGCGCGAACGGCGCUGGGCGCCGCCGACGGCCGCCGCGCGCAAGAACCGGAAGCCGCGCACGUUGGCCGAAAAGCGUCUUGCUGCGGACCGCGCGACGAAUCCCCUCGCGGAGGAAGCGUCCGCCGACGCGUUGUCGUGGCGGCUGGAUGCGUGGUUUGCCACGCCCAUCGGCAAGCGCGUCGCUGGCAGUACGCCUCAACUACCGCUCGGUCCUUAUGUCGAUGAGGUGCUACGUGAGCCGAUACGGAAGCGCUUUUCAAGGUUCGAUGCGACGCGCCUUGCUAAUUUACGAGCGAUUGACGAGACCAAUAAGGCCAUUGAGGAGUGGCAUUCCACCAAUGAAGAGGAGGGCGCCGAGUGCCCUAUUACUCAGAUCGAAGAAAUUGGUGUUGAGGAAAAUGCCGUCGCGUUACUCACAGAUGAAGUCAGUUGCGCUUCGUGGGUUUCAUGUACGGUCAUUGGUGGAUUCACGGGCGCGAAGACGUACACUUGUAUCUUCGAGGAUAAGACAGAAACGAGGGAUAGUUGUCAGGUCGCGUUCCCGGCCUGGAGCGAUACGGGAGAGACGCUCGCAGCCUUGACCUCCGCCCUGAAACGGAGGAGAGACGCCGAGUCGUUGUUGGCCUUCGCGCAUACUAUACAAAACGUCCCGGUCAAUGAGAUCAGCGUGACGCUACCGGUCCGAGCGUCGUGGGAGCGUUUGUUGAGAAUUGGACUUAGUAGAGCCCCUUUCGACUCCGAUAUUAUCAGGGGAGAAGCCCUUGCACAGCUCGAGUCGCGAUACAACUUUGGUAGAAGUGCGUUAGCCCUGCCGCCGCCUCCAUCAGACAUCACCGAGAGUGAUGCACGACUAGCUUCAGCAACAACAUCACUAUGUGGCGAAGUCUGUUCUCUCUACCAUAACGCGAUGAACACGGUCAUCUUCAACGCUGACUCCCUGAAUCCCUAUCACCUCCAAGCUUAUUUAGCGAGGGAUCUGCCGCUGCCGCCGCCGUUCCAAGGACCACCUGGUUGUGGUGUAGCAGACAAUCCAAGGGAACAAGUGCAGCCCAACAAACUUAAGUUUAGAGAUAAAACGUUCCUCGAAUGCCCGGAGGUCGUCUCAGCCCUGGCCACGGCGCUCAACGCCGCGCAAGAGGUGAAAACAACUAGAUUGUUGACGACGUCGCACCAGUUCCCGCGGACGCCCUCGACCUUCACGGAGGACCAGGACAAGCAUAUAAAAGAUACGGUGCGUAAAUUGAGGGAGGGCUGGGUCAUGCGUACUAGUACGUUAAUUAACGCCGACCUCCGGACCGCCGACCAGUCCGUAUACAAUCUUGGUGAAUCGUCAAUAGCAAAGCACGAGUCCAAGACGAACAAACUCCAUCUGUUGUUGACGCGUAUUAAUUACGCCAUGGUCCAGGACCUACUUGACCUCACGAAGACGUCUUUGCAAGAAUAUGCGGAGUACGUCCAAUCGCAGUGCGAAGGUACUGUGACCGUGAAUUCUAUCGCUGACGUCACAUGCGACUACCCUAUCAGAAAUAAGGGCGACCCGCCGCGCCUGCAGCCUUUAUUUCGGAUGACUGUAGUGUCCACACCGGAAAGACGGGUGCUGAACCGAGCUGCGGUGGACGAGGCCAAUCGGCGCAUCGAGGAGUGGCAAGCUACGGCGGACGAGGGCGAGGAGUGCCCGAUAUCAAAAGUCGAGCCGGUCGAAGGGAGAACUUUUGAUUACGAAACUCCACUAAACGAGUCAGUGGAAUGCGUCGUUUCUGCGUUCACGAAGGCGAUCCAAGAAUGCCGCAACAUCCGGCAGGCGCAGAACUACGUCAUGGAGCGGCUGUUCUGGCCGAAGCCCGCGCUCAUAAAAGCGGUGGCCGGGGACGAGGCGUGGAUCGGUGCACUCAUUGAUAGCAUUACUACUAACAUCAAGAAAGCGUUGGAGCCCUGCGAGGCCUACCUCGAGUGCUUCAAGCAGUGGGAGCAGUUCCUGAACCUCGACGUCGACGAGUACGUUGCAUCCCUAAAACACGCGGUGCCGAUCCGCGUGGAAAUCAAAGUUACGACGUCGGCCCCGUGGCCGCGUCGGCUCGACGGCGUGGAGCGUCGCGGUCGCUCGACUCGACCUCGUCUGAUGGCCGCGAGUCGCGUCGACGGCGUUGAUGUCCGCGCAGGUGCCCAACGACGAGGACUACGAGGAGGACCAGGAGCCCGACGCUCCCUCCAUCCAGGUCGACCUGGCCAUGCUCCGGAAGACGCUGACGAGUCACGUCGACGCCAAAUUACGUAUAGAGGCCGACAUCCCGGCCGAGGCCAUCACGGCCGGUGCUUGUGAAUUAAAUGCCUUCGCAUUGCGAACCGAGUUGGGUGACAAGCACAUGGCGAUCAUCAACAAAGUGCUGGAGACGCAUUCCGAACACAUCCUCGAGUUCUCCGACUUUUUAGAUUCGAGGUACAAGUCCAUGAUGCGCGAGCUCUGCAAGCAGCCCGAGGACAUCGAGGGUGCCGUAAGCGGCGUCUGAUGCCAUCUUCAUGAAUGCGUCUCCAUCAGAGAUCGUGGAGGGUGGUCUUUUUUUCGAGUUUGAGACUCGCAGGCACCGCGGCCCUCGAGGAGUACAUUGGGAACAUGAGCAACGAUUUGAGAGCCAACCAGGAGUUGAUUGAUGAGAUGCGCGCCAUGAAUUCUGUGUUGGACGAGUACUUCUAUCGAGUAGAAUACUCGCACUUCGAAAGACAAACGUCCGUCGCGUUGUGGCCCGUGAAAGUUGGAGACCAGGCGGAGAAGGCCAAGGAAUUUUGUGAAGCCAUCCGAGCGAAGUACUUGCAAGCGCAAAUAGGGGAGCAGGAGGCCUUUGCUGACAGUUUGAAUGAGCUGCAGGAGUUCGCGCUGUCUUUUGACCAGUAUACUUCUUUAUCAGUAUGUGAGGAGGCCGCCUCGAAAGCACGAGAUUGCAUGCGCCAAGUGGAGGAAGCGGGCGAGCAGGCUCGGCUCUUCAACGCCCGCGAGUUGCUCUUCGAGCGGGAAGUCACGGUGCCGACUCGGCGUCUGUUGUCCACGCGCCUCGCGAGUGAGUCGUUCCCGCGCAGGACUACCAGCAGCUCGCGAACGUAAAAAAGAGGUUCGAGCCCUACUUCCAGUUGUGGGAUACUUCUGAGCAGUGGUUAACUGCCUCGGCAGAGUGGCACAAUCAGUCCUUCCUAACGCUGGAAGCGGAGCAAAUCGAAACCGACGUGAAUUUGUACAAAAAUGCGAUCCAAAAGGCCUUCAAAUUUUUCGAUAGAAACAAUUUGAGCGACCAAUCGGCGAUCGCCAAGGCGAUCAGGGACCAGGUCAAAUCAUUUGAGCCCUACGUGCCGAUCAUCGUCGCGCUGCGGAACCAGGGCAUGCGCCCUAGACAUUGGAAGCAAGUCGGUGCGGCGCUCGGCUUGGAAGAUUUUGAGCCUUCGGACGACUUUACAUUAACUAAAUUGCUCGAGCUCGACCCCGCUUCCCAAGAAGAAUUGAUUACGAAGGUCCGUGCCCGCGUCUCACUUCCCUGAGAGUGGUUUCAUGUCCGAAGCGGUUCGUUGAAGGACCCGAGGCCUUCUCUGGUGGAGACGAGUCGCGUCGACGGCAUAUCGUUCCUCGCAGGUCUCCGAGGCCGCGGCCAAGGAGUACAACAUCGAAGUAACGUUAGAUAACAUGCUGAGCGACUGGACGGGCCUCGAAUUGCAGAUAUUUCCUUAUAGGGAUACGGGGACCGGUGUCCUCAAAGGAGUGGAUGAGGUCCAGGCCAUCCUGGACGAGCACGUGACGAUGACGCAGGCGCGCUCGCGGCGUCCCUUCACGCCGUCGACGCGCGUCGUCUUCUGGAGAGGAGGUCGUGGGUGGUUUGUUUUUCGAGUUUGAGGCGAUUUGGGCCGCGUCGAGCGACCGCGAUGCUCACGCAGUCGUUCCGCACAGGCCAUGCAGUUCUCGGCGUUCAAGGGGCCCUUCGAGGAGCGCAUCGAGGCCUGGAACCACAAGCUGUUCAUCAUUGGCGAGGUCUUGGACAAGUGGCUCGAGGUGCAGCGCAACUGGAUGUACCUCCAGCCCAUCUUCGAGAGCCCCGACAUCAACAAGCAGCUGCCCGCCGAGGGCAAGAAGUUCGCGACCGUCAACAAGAACUGGUGCGCGACGGUCACGGCCGCGAAGGCGCGGCCCGUGCUGACUCAGUGUGAAAAACUUCAACUUCGCGUCGACGGCGUCUGAGAGAGUCGUCGAGCCCUCCACGCCAUCGACGCGACGCGUUCCUCGCUUCUCGCCGAGUGAGAGCGGUCGCGUCUCGCGAUCUCGGCACCGCGGCCCUCGGAGCGGCCCAAACUCGGACACGACCUCCGAGAGACCGUAUCCAGAGAGCAGAACCUCACCCAGACCGCGACACACCCAAAGUUGAAGCACAAGUUGAACUUUCCACGCAGGUCGUCAUGGAGUUCUGCGACGACGAGAAGCUCCUCAAGAAAUUGAGCGACAGCGCCGUGCUCUUGGAUCAGGUGCAGAAAGGUUUAAAUGACUACCUCGAGACGAAGCGGGGCGUCUUCGCGCGCUUUUAUUUCCUCUCGAACGACGACUUACUUUCUAUCUUGUCAGAAAGUAAAGAUGUGAUGAGGGUCCAGCCCCACUUCAAGAAGUGCUUCGAAGCCAUCGAUGCCGUGAAGUUCGAACCGCUGGAAGAUAUUAGCGAGUUAGCGAUCACGCAGAUGGUUUCCCCGGAAAAGGAGGUCGUGCCGAUGAUGGCGCCCGUCGACCCCGUGGAGAAGAGCGUCGAAGUUCGUGGUGCGGUGUCCUUCUUACUUCAUUGAUACGACUCGUAUGGAUCAGACGAGGUCGUGGGCGGUUUUUUGAGAGAUUUCGAGCUCUUUCGGACCGCGUCGGGGCCGUCGCGUCUCGACGCGGUCCGAGACGGCUCAAAAUCGACGAAAAGACCACCCACGGCCUGCUCUCCCCCAGACGCCAUCGACGCGACCCGCCAGACACGCGUCGCGCCGCGCAGGUCUGGAUGGUCGAGGUCGAGGACAUGAUGCGCCUUUCCGUAAGACACGUCAUGCACCUGGCGAUCCAGGACUACGCGAGGCAGGAGCGGACGGUCUGGAUGCAGAAGUGGCCAGUGACUCAGAGCAGAAAAUGAACUUGAACUUGACGUUGUUGUGAAGAUGGCGUCUUCACGAAACCGCACCGCCUCGAUGGCGUCUUCAUGAUCACAUGAGAGUCUACGCGCCUCGGGAGUGCACGGAGGCAGUUUCGUGACGCCGUCGUUCCGCGCAGGCCCUCCAUGUGCGUGUUAAAUGGAAGCCAGAUGUACUGGACGUCCGAGACCGAAACUCUGAUAAAAGAGAAGGGUGAAAAAGGACCUCCGGAAAUGCUGGAGCACCAGAUCGAGCAGUUGUCGGCCAUGGUUCUUUUAGUGAGAGGUGACCUACCAGGAGCGGUCCGGAACCAGGUCGGCGCUCUCGCUGUGAUCGACGUGCAUGCGAGAGACGUCAUGAUUCGACUCACGAAGGAACGAGUGAGUGACAUUUCGGACUUUACGUGGACGUCGCAGUUGCGCUAUUACUGGCGCGACGACGAUUUGUAUGCGCAGAUGGUGGCGGCGGACCGGAAAUACGGCUAUGAGUACCUCGGGAACUCGUUUCGAUUAGUUAUAACACCUUUAACAGAUAAAUGCUAUCUUACAUUGAUGGGCGCGCUACAAAUGAUUCUGGGCGGCGCGCCGGCCGGUCCGGCGGGCACGGGCAAGACCGAGACCACGAAGGACCUCGCGAAGGCCGUAGCGAUGCAAUGCGUCGUGUUCAACUGUAGCGACGGUUUAGACUACCAGGCGAUGGGCAAGUUCUUUAAAGGUUUGGCGUCGUGUGGCGCCUGGGCCUGCUUCGACGAGUUCAACCGCAUCAACAUCGAAGUUUUGAGCGUCGUGGGCCAGCAGGUCAUGUCGAUCCAAUUGGCGAUCAAGGUGCUGACUCAGCGUCAAAUGCAACUUGAAGUUGCGUCGACGGCGUCGAUGCGACCGCAUGAGCGUCUACGUUACGCGACGGUGUCGUUCCCACGCAGGGCAAGGUCGACAAGAUCGAGUUCGAAGGGUCUACCAUAAGAGUCCUGCCGGGCUUCGGCGUUUUUAUAACCAUGAAUCCCGGCUACGCUGGAAGAAGUGCACUGCCCGACUCCCUAUCAGCUUUAUUUAGACCAGUGGCGAUGAUGGUCCCCGACUACGCGCUGAUCGGGGAGAUCAUGUUCUUUGCGUACGGGUUCGCGAACGGCAAGGAGUGCGGCCAGAAGAUGGUCACGACCUUCCGGUUGUGUUCGGAGCAGUGUUCUUCCCAACCGCACUACGACUAUGGCAUGCGGGCCGUGAAAACGGUCAUUACCGCGGCCGGUAAUCUGAAGCGGAAGGAGCCCCAGGCCGACGAGUUGGUACUACUUUUGAGAGCCUUGCAGGACGUGAACAUCCCGAAGUUCCUGGACGGUGACCUGCCUCUCUUUCGAGGCAUCAUCUCGGACCUGUUUCCCGGGAAGAAGCGUCCCGAAUUAGAUUAUGGAGCCCUCGUUUCCGUCAUGCAGCAGACCAUCGAUGCGCAUGGGUUACAGCCGCACCCCUGGUUCAUGGGCAAGGUCAUCGAAUUGUAUGAAAUGAUCGUGGUCCGACAUGGUGCUGACUCGGCGUCCUUUUCUUCGAGUUUCUCAACUUCAAGUUGGUGAAGACGGCGUCAAUGCGACGUUCCGACACCGUGACGCCGUCGACGUGGUCGUGAGAGAGUCUACGGGUCGCAUGAGAGAGCUGCGGCCGUGUCGCGACGGCGUCGUUCCGCGCAGGCCUCAUGCUCGUCGGCCCGACGGGCGGCGGCAAGUCGCGCAACUUACACGUCCUAGAAGACACUUUGGGCCAGCUCAAAGUCCUCGGCGAGCAGGGUUUUGCGUAUGAGAAGGUGAAGAUCUACCAACUGAACCCGAAGAGCAUCACGAUGGGUCCGCGACGCGGCGUUGAAGUUGACCUUGAACUUGAACUUUUUGUGAGAGCGGCGAUGGCGUCGUGGCAUCGCGUCGACGCCGUCUUCAUGAUCAUCAGAGCGUCGACGCGUCUCGCGAGGGGAGUGUCGCGACGCUAUCCAUCAAACGCAGGUCAAAUGUACGGCGAGUUCGAUCCCAAUACAAGAGAAUGGCAGGACGGUAUUAUGAGCACGAUGUACCGCCACGCCGCGACCUCGACGACUUCCGAUCGGAAGUGGGUCAUGUUCGACGGGCCCGUCGACGCGAUCUGGAUCGAGAACAUGAACACGGUCUUGGAUGAUAAUAAGAAGUUGUGUUUGGUGAGUGGCGAGUCGAUAAAGAUGAGCAACGAGAUGACGAUGAUGUUCGAAGUUGAAGAUUUGCUCGUGGCGUCACCUGCCACCGUUAGUCGUGUUGGUAUCAUCUACAUGGAGCCCAAAGCGUUAGGAUUGGACGUUUUACGAGAAUCGUGGGUCACGAGAACUUUAAACAAGUGCCCCUGCUUCCGGGACACGUCCUUCACAAGUAUUAUGGCCUUAUGUUUUGAUAGAUAUCUAUUCACGGCGAUCAAUUUCAUGCGGGGGCAGAUGGCUGAAUUGCUGCCGACGAUGGACAACAACCUCUGCGAAAGUCUCACGAGGCUGUUGGACUGUUUUUUGGAGCCGUUCUGCGACAAGGAGGGUCGGGAUACUCCUAAGAAGGAAGUUGUGGCGAAGGCCGUGGCGCAGCUCGAGGCGCGGUUCAUUUUUUCAUUGGUGUGGAGCGUGGGCUGCACGGGGCCGAACGAAUCUCGAGCUCGAUUUGAUUUAUGGCUGCGGUUGCAGUUGGCGCAGUUCGGCAUGAAAGAUGCCUUUCCAGCUGAGGGAUUAGUGUACGACUACGUGCGCGCGCGGCGUCCCGUGAGCGUGGUUUCUUCUUUGCUGAAGAGGCCGUUCGGACCGAACCGCGAUGCGCCACGCAUGGCGUGGUCGCCGCGAUCCCACGAGAGUCCCCGCGAGACCGCGAUGCGCCGCGCAGGUCUACGACGCCGACGAAAGCAGGUGGGCCGGCUGGAUGGCCACGAUCGACGACUACAAGGUCGACUCCAAAUUAUCUUUCGCGGAGCUCAUCGUGCCGACGCCCGACUCUGUCCGAUCUACUUUUAUCCUAGCUAAAUUGCUACAGAACAGAUACCACUGCAUGCUCGUGGGCGAGACUGGUACUGGUAAAACGGUCAAUAUCUCGCAGUACUUGCAGGGCGUGUCGAAGUGCGAGGGCAAAUCAGCUCCCUCAGAACUCAUGCCGCUGACGAUGACGUUCAGCGCGCAGACCUCGGCCAACAUGACCCAGGACACGUUGGACGGGAAGUUCGAGAAGAGACGGAGAGGCAUCUUCGGGCCGCCGGCGGGCAAGUUUCAAGCGAUCCACGUCGACGAUUUGAACAUGCCCAAACGGGAGACGUACGGCGCGCAGCCGCCGAUCGAAAUUCUGCGGCAGUGGUUCUGACUCAGUGUUUUUCUCGGAACGUUUCCGAACUUCAAGUUCGCGUCGAUGGCGUCGGCGCGACGUCACGCCACCGCGACGCCGUCGACGUGGUCGUGAGAGAGUCUACGGGUCUCGCGAGCGAGCCUCGGGACCGCGGAACGCCUCGAAACGGCUCAAACUCGACAAAGAGACCACCCACGGCCUCGUCUGAUGGAGACGACGCGCGUCGAUGGCGUGGGAACCGUUGGCGACGCCGUCGUUCCGCGCAGGUUCUCGCAGGGCGGCUGGUUCGACCGCUCGAAUGAUCUGGCUUUUCGGAAGAUCAUCGACAUCGUCUUCAUCGCUUCUCUCGGACCUCCUGGGGGAGGCAGGCAGGACAUGACGGCGCGGUUCGUGCGGCCGUUUAAUGUUGUGGGGUUGGCGGAGAUGAGUGAUCAAUCGAAGGCGGGCAUCUUCGAGACGAUCCUGGGCGACUUUCUGGCGUCGUUCACGCCGGAGAUCUCGACGUUGUGUUCGGGGUUGGUCCAGUCCACUAUUGAUACGUUUAACAACGUCGUAUCUUCCCUGUUACCGACGCCGGCCAAGAGCCACUAUACGUUUAAUUUGCGGGAUUUAGCCAAGGUCUUCCAGGGGACGCUCAUGGGCUCGCCGAAGUUCAUCGAGCAACCGAUCGGCAUGGUGCGGACUCGGCGUCUGUUUCUGACGUUUUCUGAACUUCAAGUUCGCGUCGAUGGCGUCAACGUGACUUCCCGUCACCGUGACGUCGUCGACGCGAUCGCAUGAGCGUCUACACGUCUCGUGUGGGAGCCACGGCCGUGUCGCGACGGCGUCGGUGCCACGCAGGUGCGGCUCUGGUCUCAUGAACUGAAAAGAGUUUUUGAAGAUCGAUUGACUACUUCUGAUGAUCACGACUGGUUCGUUUCCCAACUUGAACAAUGUGUUUCUGAGAAAUUUGGCAUGAAGUGGGCCGACAUCGUGCGCACGGAACGUGCGAUCUCGGCGUCCCGUCGUGUUGUGGUGUCUUCACUUCAUUCAAACGACUCGUGUCCAUCUCACUUCCAUGAGAGUGGUUUCUUUUUCGAUUCUGAGGCCCUUCGGACCGCGUCGAGCGACGGCCCCGCAUCGCGGCCGAAUGCACUCGAAAUCAACAAAAGAAACCACCCACUUCAUCAUGAGGUGGACACGACGCGCUUCGACCGCCGCGACACCGCGAUGCUCCGCGCAGGACUCUUGUAUUGCGAUUUCGUCGACCCGAACGCGGAUCCUAGAGUGUAUCAAGAGGUCGAGGACAUCGACAAACUGAAACUCGUCGUGAACGACUUCCUCGAGGAGCACAACGCCGAGUCGAAGAGCCCGAUGCCGCUGGUCAUGUUUUUGGACGCGAUCGAGCACGUCCUUCGCAUUGCUCGCAUCCUGAGGCAGCCCCAGGGCAACGCGUUGUUACUGGGCGUGGGCGGCUCGGGGAGGCAGUCCAUGUCGAAGAUGGCGACCUACAUCAGCGGCUACGAGCUCUUCCAGGUCGAGAUCGCCAAGGGCUACGGCGCGAUCUCCGCGUUUUGAGGUGUAGAGUCACGCCAUUGAUCUCGUGUCCAUCAGACGAGGUCGUGGGUCGUUUCUUUCUUGCUGAAGAGGCCAUUUUGACGGAAAUGCUCCGCGCAGGCAUGGUCGAGUGGCGGGAAGAUUUAAGGAGGUGCCUCUUGCAGGCGGGCGUGAAGGAUACGCCCACCUCCUUCGUGUUCACGGACGCGCAGGUCGUCAUGGAGUCGUUCCUGGAGGACGUGAAUAAUAUACUCAACGCCGGGGUACGCGAUCUCGGCGUCCCGCGGGGCUGCGGUGCCUUCACGCCAUCGACGCGCGUCGUCCUCGAGAGAGGAGGUCGUGGGUGGUCGCUUUUUGGAUUUUGAGGCCGUUCGGACCGAGUCGGGGGACCACAAUGCUCCACGCAUGACGUGGUCGCCGCGACGGCGUCGACGCGAUGCCGCGCCGCCUCGACGCCGUCUUCGUGGUCGCAUGAGAGUCCACGCGUCUCGCGAGAGAGCCGCGGCGGUCUCGUGACGCAGUCGCUCCGCGCAGGACGUCCCGAACCUCUACGGCCCCGAGGAGAUGGACGCCAUCAUGAGCGCGUGCCGCGUCGACUGCCAAAAAAAACAAAUCACGCCGACGAAGACGAAUAUUUUUGCCCAGUACGUGGUGAGGGUCCGAAGGAACAUGCACGUGUGCCUGUGCAUGUCUCCUCUUGGUGAGACCUUUCGGGAAAGGUUAAGACAAUUUCCAUCUUUAGUAAACUGCAGCACGAUCGACUGGUUUACCGAAUGGCCGGCCGAGGCGCUAGAAUCUGUUGGUCUUAGUGCGUUAGUGGAAGCCAAUCAAGUCAUCCCCGAGAACCGAAGUGGAGUAGUAAAAAUGUUCAAGCAGAUCCACCAGGACGUCGAGCGCAAGUCCCGGGAGUUCUACGACGUGCUGCGGCGAUUUAAUUACGUGACGCCUACGUCCUACUUGGAACUGCUGUCGUCGUUCGACACGCUAUUGAGUUACAAGCGCGGCGAGGUCAAGACGAAGAAAGAUAGAUUAAAGAUCGGCCUGGAUAAAAUAAUUUCGACGGGAGAACUCGUCGAGGGCAUGCAGAAGGUCCGUGACUCAGUGUUGAAGUUGAAGUUGAACUUGAACUGGUGGAGUCGUCGCGCGCUCCACGCCAUCGUUUCGUGAUUGUUCGUAUCAACGCAGGAACUCGAGAUCCUGGCGCCGCAGUUAGUUGUUAAAGGGAAAGAGGUCGACGAGAUGAUGGUUUGAUGGCGGCGUCCCUUGAUGUGCGUCGUGUCCAUCUCACGAGGUCGUGGGGCGGUCUCUUUGUCGAGUUUGAGCUGUUUCGGAUGACGCGGUCGCCUCGACGCGAGCACUCCCGAGAGAGAGCGCGAGAGCAAUCUUCACGGGUCGCGGCGAUGGCGUACCGGUGAGAUCUAUGGCUCGCCCCUGAAAUCUACACCACGGCCACGCCGUCGACGCGACCGCACGAGAGUCUACGGACCGUUUCCGGUGAAUACGAUGCUCACACAGGUCGUCAUCGACAAGGACAAGAAGGACGCCGCCGUCGUCAAGGAGAAGGUCCUGGUCCAAGAAGCGAGUGCCACGGAGAUUUCGGAGCGAGCGGGGGCCAUCGCGGCCGACGCGCAAGCGGAUUUAGAUAAAGCCCUACCUGCCCUCGCGGCCGCCGUCCAAUGCUUGAAAGAACUCAAGAAGGCCCAUAUUGAUGAAGUGAAAGCGCUCAAGAAGCCUCCCGGUGGCGUCCGACUGACGCUAGAAGUAGCUUGUGUCUUUUUCGAGGUCGCGCCCGUGAAAAAACCGGACCCCGAGGACCCGUCCAAAAAAGUAUUUGACUACGUGGAACCGGCCGGCAAAAGCUUGUUGAGCAACGCGGGCAAGUUCCUGGAAAUGUUGCAGGACUUCGACAAGGACAACAUCCCGGACAAGGUGCGUUUUUUGAGGUCUUGCGGUGCCUUCACUUUGUUGCUGGGACUCGUAUCAUGUUGUGGGUGGUUUUAUGUCUGAUUUCGAGUGAAUUCGCUCGACGCGGUCCGAACCGGUUCAUGGAAGGACCAGAGACCACCUCCGGCACCGUGAGAUGGAGACCGCGUCGCACGCGCGCAGGUCAUCAAGAAGGUCGGCCCCUACAUCGAGAACCCCGACUUCACGCCCAAGGCGAUCGAAAAAGCCUCCGUCGCGUGCAAGGCCAUCUGCAUGUGGUCCGACGCGGCGUGUUGAACUUGACCUUGAACUUGACGUCUGGUCGAUGGCGUCUUCGCGAGACCGCGACGCCGUCGACGUGGCCGUCGGAGAGUCUACACGUCUCGCGACGGCGUCCGUGCCACACAGGGCGCACGCGAUGCAUACCUAUCACUUCGUCGCGCUCGGGGUUGCCCCUAAAAAAGCUAAGUUAGCGGAGGCCCAAGCGGAGUUGGAGGAGGCCACUGGAGUCUUGAAUGAGGCCCGGGCCAAGCUCGCGGCAGUCGUAGAAAAACUGGAGCGAUUGGAGGAGGCCCUCCAGAACGCCGUGAACGAGAAGAAAUCUUUAUCUGAUAAAGAACAACAAUGUAAAGUACGGUUAUCCAAUGCUGAUAAACUCAUCGGCGGCCUCGGUGGGGAACGGGUCCGCUGGACGCAAACAGUAGCUGAUUUAACCGUGGCGGUGGACAACUGCAUCGGCGACAUACUCAUAAGUGCGGGAUUCAUCUCGUACCUAGGACCGUUUACCGCCGAAUUUAGACAAGAUGUCGGCGACUCGUGGAGAGAUAAAUUAAUUGAAUUCAAGAUUCAGCAUACGGAGGGCUGCGACAUCACGCAGACGCUCGUCGAGCCGGUCAAGCUGCGCAUCUGGCAGAUGUACGGCCUGCCGACGGACCCCCUGAGCACGCAGAACGGCAUCAUGCUCGAUAGAGCUAGACGAUGGUCCCUAUUCAUCGACCCGCAAGGUGCUGACUCGGCGUGAAAAUUGAACUUGAACUUGACGUCUGGUCGAUGGCGUCUUCGCGAGACCACCUCGACGCCGUCGACGCGGCCGCAUGGGAGUCGACGCGCCUCGUGAGCGAGUCGCGGUCAUUUCGUGACGGCGUCGUUCCCACACAGGACAAGCGAACCGCUACAUCCGGCGCAUGGCCAAGGACAAGGACAUCUGCAUGAACGGCUUCGACGUCGCGAAACUGACCGAUAAGAACUUUCUGCGAACGCUCGAGAACGCGGUGCGAUUUGGCAAGUGGGCGCUCUUGGAAAACAUCCAGGAGACCUUGGACGCUGCUCUCGAGCCCAUAUUGAUGCAGCAGACGUUCAAGCAGGGCGGCCAGGACAUGAUGAAGCUCGGUAUGUAUUGAUGUUGAAGUUGAACUUUGAUGUUGAACUAUGUAGGCGAGAACACGAUCCCGUACAACGAGGAGUUCCGGCUGUUUCUGACCACCAAAAUGCCGAACCCGCACUACAGUCCGGAGGUGCAGGUCAAAAUCAGUCUUGUGAAUUUUACCGUCACGCAGUCGGGGCUGGAGGAGCAGCUGCUCGGCGCGUCGCGCGGCGUCCGAAUCGAGACGAGUCGUAUCAAGGAAGCGAGAGCGCCGCGACGCAGGCGCGACGGUCGAGCUCGAGAUGCCCGAGCUCGCGGAGAAGAAGAGCGAGCUCGUCGUCCAGUCGGCAGCCAUGAACAAGCAGCUGUUUGAUAUUGAAUCCAGUAUUUUGAAACUGCUGGCCGAGUCGAAGGGCAACAUCCUAGAUGAUACGAACUUGAUCGAGACGCUCGCGCAAGCGAAGAAGACGUCCGACUCGGCGUCCGUUUCCUUCAAUUUCCGAACUUGAAGUUGCGUCGAUGGCGUCGGCGCGACGCGACGCCACCGCGACGCCGUCUUCAUGAUCACCAGAGAGUCCUUGUGCCGUCAGAGAGCCUCCCGAGCGCGUCGCGACGGUAUCAAUCAACACAGGUCGAACGAGGUGAACAUCCGCAUGCAGGAGGCCGAGGUCACGGCGGUAGAAGUCAACAAGACGUCCGAGGAGUACCGGCCCGUCGCCAAACGCGCUAGUCUGUUGUACUUCUGCCUCGCGGACAUGGCCAAUGUGGAUCCGAUGUACCAGUACGCGCUGCCCUGGUUCAAGGCCCUCUUUGCCACUGGAGUCGGUAGAGCCCCAGCAUCAAAUGACAUGGAACAAAGAUUAGAGAACCUGAACGUCUUCUUCACGUAUUUUGUGUACACGAACGUGCGCCGUCAGUGUCGUGUAGAGGCGCCUUCACGCCGUCGACGCGACUCGGCUCCGUCAGAGAAGGCGCUGAGUGGUCUCGGGUCCGCGCAGGUGUGCCGAAGUCUCUUCGAGGCCCACAAGCUCCUCUUCUCCUUCCUGAUGACUAUUAAAAUUAUGAUGGGCGAUAAUAGAUUAGACGCGCUCGAGUGGCGCUUCUGCAUUAGUGGACAGACGAUCAAGCCGCUCGCCCUGGAAAAUCCCGCGGACGACUGGAUCGAGGCCAACACGUGGUCCGUGACUCGGCGCCGAAAAUGACCUUGAACGUGACGUCUGGUCGAUGGCGUCUUCACGAGACGGCGUCGCCUCGACGCCGUCGAUGCGACCGUUUCGCGACGGCGUCGUUCCCACGCAGGACCGAAAUCUUGGCGCUUGGGGGUCUCAGCGAUGUCUUCAAAGGUCUGCCGCAAGCGUUCAAGGACAAUCUGGCGGGCUGGCGCAAGGUCUACGACUCCGAGACGCCGCAGUCGAUCGGCUACCCCGCACCAUAUGAUAAAUUGUCAGGCUUGCAGAACUUGUGUGUCCUACGAGUGAUACGACGGGACAAGCUCAUGGACGGCGUCCAGAAGUUCGUCGAGGACGAGAUGGGCGCGCUCGCGGCGUCCUGUUGUGUAGAGGCGCCUUCACGCCAUCGACGCGUCGAGUCCGAACGGCCCCAAACUCGAAAAAGAAACCACUCUCAUGGAAGUGAGAUGGACACGAUGCCCCGCGCAGGUCGCAGAUACACGGAGCCCCCGCCCUUUGACCUACCUGCAUGUUACGACGACUCCGAGAACGUGACACCUCUAGUAUUUAUUCUAUCUACCGGCUCAGAUCCAAAUAAAGACAUCCAGGAGCUCGCGCGGAACCUGUCCAUGGAGGACAAGUGGACCUCUAUAGCUUUAGGGCAAGGGCAAGGGGCCAUCGCCGAGAAACUCAUCGAGAAGAGCACGAAGGACGGCUCCUGGGUCCUCCUGCAGAAUUGUCAUUUAUGUGUAUCCUGGCUACCGACGCUCGAGCGCAUCGUCGAGGACUUCAAGCCGGACCAGGUCCACGAAAGUUUCCGGCUCUGGCUCACGUCGAAGCCGAGUCCGCACUUCCCCGUGGCGGUGAUGCAAGUUUCUGUAAAAAUGACGAAGGAGCCGCCGCGCGGUCCGCGACGCGGCGUCGUCUCCGUCAGACGAGGUCGUGAGCCGUCUCGUCCCACGCAGGUCUCCGCGCGAACCUCAAGACGGUGUUCCUCAAGAUGGACGACGACAAGUUGAACCGGUGCUGACUCGGCGUCUGAACUUGAACUUUGGGAAGACGGCGUCUUCAUGAGACCACAGCGCCUCGCGACGGCGUCGUUCCCGCGCAGGACGAACAAGCCGGCGGACUACCGCAAACUACUCUUUGGGUUGUGCUUCUUCCACGCGCUGAUUAUUGAGAGAAAAAAGUUCGGCCCGCUCGGCUGGUCCGCGACGCAGCGUUGAAGUUGACCUUGAAGUUGAACUUGACUCAUAUCCACGCAGGAACACGGCCUACGCCUUCAACGAGACGGAUUUAGACAUCUGCAUCUCGCAGCUCGAGCUCUAUGUCAACAAAUUCGCGGAGAUCCCCUUUACUGUACUCAGUAUGCUCACGUCGGUGGUCAACUACGGCGGGCGCAUAAACGACGAUAAGGACAUGCGGACGGCGGAUAUCAUCAUUGCGGACUUCUUGACGCCGGACAUUUUAGCUGACUCUUAUAAGUUUAGUAGAUCAGGCAUCUACAAGACGAUCAGUACGGAUUCUCAGAAAGGGUAUCUGGAGUAUAUUGACUCGCUACCGAUGAUGCCCGAGCCCGAGGUCUUCGGCAUGCACGGCAACGCCAUGAUUACGUAUGAUCUGAACGAGUCGGACUCGAACUGCGAGAUCAUCUUAUCGCUCCAACCUAGAACGUCUGGUGGAGGAGGUGUGUCGCGGGAGGACGUCAUGGGUGACGCGGCCCGGGACAUGGAAAGUCGCUUGCCAGCUGUUUUCGACCCGGACGACGUGUAUCUGCGGUAUCCCACGGAUUAUAAUGAAUGUCUCAACACGACGCUUGUGCAGGAGGUGACGAAGUUUACGAGGCUCGAACGGGUCAUGGUGUCUACUCUCGCAUCCUUGCAGUUAGCCCUGAAAGGAUUGGUAGUUUUGAGUUCAGAGCUGGAGGCCAUGGGCAACGCGGUCUACGACGGGAAAGUACCCCUACCGUGGAUGGGGAAAGGCUAUCCCUCGCUGAAACCGCUGCCGCUAUGGUAUGCCGAUUUACUUAGGAGGUUGGACUUCAUGGAAGGGUGGAUUCAGAAUGGCACGCCGGACGUCAUCUGGAUUUCGGUCUUCUUCUUCCCGCAAGGUCCGGCUCGGUGUCUCGUAGCUUGAAUUUGGGGGUCUGUGGCGCCUUCACUUUGUUGCUGUGACUCGUGUCCAUCUUCUGAUGAAGUUUGGGGCCGUUCGGACCGCGUCGGGACCGCGAACCGGUUCAUUGAAGGACCAGGGACCACCCAUCUUCAUCAUUGAUGGAGACGAGUUCAAAACGCCGAGAUCUCACUCUUAUCAAACGCAGGCUUCAUGACGGCCAACGUCCAGAAUUAUGCCAGAAGAAAACAGAUUCCGGUGGAUACGGUGCAGUUCGGCCAUAAGUUGCUGCGGGAGGAGCCCUCGGAACUUACGAGUAAGCCGGCGUCGGGCUGCUACAUCUACGGCUUGUUCCUGGAGGGCGCGCGGUGGGACAAGAGGAACAACACGCUAACGGACCCAAAGCCCAAGGAGCUCUUCGCGCCCAUGCCCGUCAUCCACUUGGUGCCCGAGGUCGAUCGGGCGCCCAAUCCACCAGAUGGUGGAAUAUAUAGAUGUCCGGUGUACAAGAUUUUAACAAGGACGGGUACUCUAUCAACAACUGGUCACAGUACGAAUUUCGUCUUUUGGCUCGAGGUGCCCUCGACGAAACCAACAUGCUACCGGAAUAGUCUGGUGAGCGAGACGAACGCCCAGAUCAAGUUGUGCGACCAGAGCUACUGGAUCAAGGCCGGCGUCGCGUGCUUCUGCGCGCUGAAGUACUAAGUAUGAAAAUUAGUCC